GUCUUAUGUUUUGGUGGUUUUAAUGGUAUUAUGUGAAGCACAUUGAAUUGCUUUGUUGUUGAAAUGUGUCACAAACUUGCCUUUGCCUUACCCCUCCUCUCUUACUCUUAAAAUUCUCUAUAAACGUAGCAGUAUCUGGGUAGUAAAAUAUUAGAUUGCUUUUCUUACUUUGAGCAGUCAAAAUGGCUUCUGUAAAAAGUACUUGUACUGUCCAGCUGAAGCCACAUUUUUCACUUUUUUAAUCUACUGAUUGCUGUUGGGAUGUAAAGAGAUAUAAUGCACAAAAUUCAUUCAAAAGUUUACUUUUCCAUCCACAGACAUUAGACACAGUUGGGACAACAUACUGAAGUGAUACAGGUAUUGUGUAGGAUCAGCUGCGCGUGCAUCAGACACAUUCCUAACCGGAAGUUGUCGUCUUGAAGCAGCCGCCUCAGAACAGUGCGCGUGAGGCCACAGGCUAUUUAAAGGUGUGUCUGAUGGCGCCGCGGCCUCCGUGUUUAAACAACCCGGCUGGAAAGGGCUCGAUCCCUUUCAGGACUUUCGAUUGCCACUGCGGAUCCAACGCGCACGAGUCAAGGAUAGUGUGGCGAUAAACAUGGUGCAGCUUUCUCCUUCCCCUACUCCGAGUGUCACCCCCCAAUCCGAGUGCUCAGAAAGUCAGGAGAACCUGGUAAUUGCUGAAAAUGUAUUUUCAGAGGUAUGCUCACCAGGUGGUCUGAGUGCUCUGCAGCUCAACCUGGAGACCUCUACUGUCUACUAUGGCUAUGAUACCUAUAUAGUAGAUGGUCUCAUCUGCCUCAAACACAAAAUCAGAAAUUUGGAGAAAAAGAAGCUGAAACUCGAAGACUACAGAAAGAGGCUGAACUGGGGUGAGGAACUUAACAAUGAUCAGAUGGAGGCUGUAAAAAAGUACGAGGAGGUCCUGCAUAAUCUGGCGUUUGCAAAGGAGCUCCACAAAAGCCUGAAUGCCUUGACUCAGAAUUUGCUGAUGGCACAGAAUAAGGCCAUUCGGAAGGAGCAGGUGUUGAAGGAAGAGAUGGAGAGGAAGCAUCUGAGUACUGUGCUGCAAAUCCAGCACCUUCUCCGCUGCAUGCAGCAGGAGCACGUCAGAAGAGACCUGCUGAGUGGAAGCAACCAGGCGCCACACAUUGCAUCCCAACAGCUGCAAAGCCUGAAUCAGCUUGCCGCUUUGCUGGGGGUCAAGAGGAAUAAUGGACUGAGUUUAGAGGAGCAGAUGGAGCAAGCGGCCAUGGCCUAUUUGGACCUGCUAGAGGGGAAAGACAAGCCAGUGGCUGGAUCCACAUUUAAGCUUUUCAAAGAAGAGCUGACCAGGCUGUCUAACUGCAAGUACUUCAGUUGUCUUCCCUGUCCACCCAACAAGUCACCAGAGGUGUUACUGAGGUCAAGCAGCAAUAGCACCCCAUCAAAGUCAAAACUAAAAGAACGUUCCAGGGAGAGCUGGAAAGAGGACUUCCAGGCAACAAUGGAGCGUGAGCCUCCGGACUGCUGGGAUAUUGAGGUUACAGAUGGACCUGACUCACCCCAAGCUGCAGUCUACAAACCGUGGAGAGGAGCUGCCACUUUAAUCCCCAAGGUCCCAGUCGCCACCAAGAAACAAUAUAUUGACUGCAAACAGAAAAAGGAAACUGGAGCCAAAAGCAAGCAACGUGCCAAAUCUGCAGUGGAGGUUUUCAGCUAUCCAUAUGACUUACCCAAAGACCCUGUCCUGAGGAAACUGCACCUAGAGGACCUAAUGACGACAAUCCAUGGCUCUUUCAGUUUCAUGCAGGACUCUCUUCUGGAUGGGAAUAUUACUGCAACUAACGACUAUCCAAGACUGAAGAGACAGCCGUCUAGAUCUCCACUGCCUCUGGGUCACACAGUCUUGAGAAGCCCAGUCAAUGUCCUGCCAAAAGCAAUGCAUUCCACCCCACUGCCGACCAAGCUUCUUGAGCACAAAGCCAGUCUGACAAAUGAGGACCCAUUCCUGGAGAUCUGUGACCUGAAGCCUUCCUCAACAGACCUACCUCAUGUUGCAGUAGCUGAGUCAAGUAAACAGUCCCCCCUUACUGGGAUGGUUUCUUGCACCUCAACCCCCCCUCAGGGACAAAGUUUCUCUACACCUCCCGCUAGGCGAACUCUAACAUCUUCCCAUUUUCAGAACAUUCAGCCAGCCAAUCGCUGCAUUGCCAGUACACAAACCCCACCGGAGUUUCUUACCUCAGAAGAAGAAGAACCACUGUUGGUCUACCACUCGGAUUAUACGGUGGAAAAUGGUGGACCCGUCUUCCCGUCCCCUGAACAGUCGGAUGGAAGCGUAGGUCGUCCCGGCCAGUUGUACUAUAGCAGAGGAUCGGUGAGAGGAUCCUGCACCUCCCAGACUGAUCUAAGGGACACUGGCCCUGUCAUCUAUGCUGCCAGGGACUCUGGAUGUCAACACGGUUAUAGCCGCGAAGGAGGAAGGCAUAAUUUGAGUGCAUGGAGUGACUCUUCCCAGGUGAGCACACCGAACCGAGAAGGAGCUUUUACCAUUGUGGACUCUGGUCAUGGAGAUUCCCUCUCUCUCGCCACAAUUGAGGUCCCUUUGACACCCCAUGGUCACCAGCACACCCUUCUUCCAAUACACCUCCACCCACUUUCUCAGCCACUUCGAGUAGCCUUCAAUGCCUCUCGCACUGCCAACUUUGCACCAGGAAACCUGGACCAGCCUAUUGUGUUUGACCAGCUGCACACUAACCUAGGGGAGAUGUACGACACCCACAUUGGCCGUUUCACCUGUCCUGUCGAUGGAACCUAUGUGUUCAUCUUCCAUAUCCUGAAACUCGCCAUCAACGUGCCCCUCUACAUAAACCUCAUGCGCAACGAAGAGGUGAUGGUGUCUGCGUAUGCCAAUGAUGGAGCCCCAGAUCAUGAGACUGCCAGCAACCAUGCCAUCCUGCCUCUCUUUCAAGGCGACCAGGUGUGGCUACGAUUGCAUCGCGGUGCAAUCUAUGGCAGCACCUGGAAGUACAGCACUUUCUCUGGCUUCCUGCUGUAUCAGGAUUGAACUUCACUCAAACAAAUGGCUCUUUUCCUUUACUAAAUAGUGAUUCAACUGGCAUUUCAGUAUUGUGGAGAUGAGGAUUGGGACUACUUGAUAUAAACAAAAUUCCCGGUUCCCUGUGUGUUGUUCAUGAUGGUGGUGCUUCCGGAGACUGAUAUUACAACUGAUAGCGUGUCUCAAGGUAAAUAAACCAAUGGCAUGUCACCUGUUCAACUCACAAUUGGCCAAUUGUGGAGGAUUCUAAUGCAAUGUUGUGAACGUAUGCCUUAUUUUCUAAAUGGCUUUGGAUGACUGACCAGAUGUUAAAUGUAUGAAGAACUGUAAUUGUAUGAUUUAUCUAAUACUUUAUAUCUGACUUUACUAUCGGCGUCUCACUCAUUGCUGGGCUUCUAUAUAUUAAGUCUCACAUUGCCGUAUGUGAAUUUUGAAACUGAGAAAGGAUUGUGCUCUUGGUGGUGGGUAUGGUGUUGAACACUUAAGGUCAAAUGGAUGCAAGGACUACUGUGGAGAGAUGGGAGUGGUCCCUUGAUGUGCCUAAAUAAAUAACGUGAUUACAUGCUUAA